GAUUACAAUAACCUCUUAUAACUAGCACGAGCAUUGGUUGCGGUUAGCCUUUUGCUCUCCCACUGGCAGAAGCGCAUUGAAUAUGGACGGUGAACGUCACGUCGACGACGUUUCAAACGAUGAACUCAGUGAUCCGCUCACCAUACUCUUAAAUAAUCUAUCAGAUUCAGAAACCUCCUCAUCCCAAGCGUCUUCUCCACCAGACUGGUCUCAGUUUUCCUCUCUCUGGCCGCAACAGCCCUUGGACUUGAAUCCUGACCAGAACUCAAAAUUUCCUGAUAUUGGCGGCUCUUUCGACUUCUCUUUUCCCAUGGACCUUGACCUCAAUGCUGCAUUGUCCAUGGCUGUCGACCCAAGUGCAUUGCACUAUCAUAGCACAUCUCCACAGACUAUGUUCGACAUGAACUCCCUUCAUAUACAGCCCCAGGAUUUACUGUCCUCUUUUCCGUUCACUUUCUCAUCGCCUACCCUGAGCUCUGCAUCAGCUUCUUCCAGCUCGGCCGAUGAAAAAUCACCCCGGAUGAGCAUCUCAUCCGGUACAUCCAUGUCUCCAGUCAUGGUACCGAUCAGCUCGGGUACAGACCCAUUCUCUGGAGUGGUUAUGCAAGCAAAAUUGCCCAUACCCCGGCUCAUAUCUUCUAUUCCGGCAUUGCCUUCCUCCAAACCACCGAAACACAAGCAGGAACCUCAACCUUACCUUUCAUCUUCGGCGUCAUCAUCUCCUUCCCCUGGUCCAACUACUCCCACUUCUGACUCUGGAUCAUCUGCACCUAACACUCAGAUAGCAGGUGCUGCUGUCAUUAGCCGCCCAAAGACUAGUCACACAACCAUCGAGCGCCGUUACCGUACAAAUCUUAACGCGCGCAUCCAGAGCCUCAAGGCCUCUGUCCCUGCUCUUCGCGUUCUAGACCAAAAUACUACCCAAGAAGGUGAUGUUGUGGAUGAACGUGGGUACAUUGACGGUGUCAAGGUCGCGAGGAAAGGAAGCAAAGCCAAUGUACUCGGAAAAGCAGUCGAGUAUAUCCGCGUCUUGAAAAGGCGUGAGAUCAGGCUGAGGCGCGAGCAAGAAGGACUGCGUACCCUCAUCCUUGGAAUUCCCGGUGCUCAGCCUCUCCUUGCUGAAUGGGAUCAUGAAUGGGCCAAAAAAUUUGGAGGCCCAGAACGCGAUGAAAUCGACAAUGAUGCCGAAGCCUAUGAAGCAAGUGAUGAUGAAGAUGGCGAUGGUGAAGACGAGGGUGACGACGCUGAGCGCGUCCGCAAGAAGCCCAAGUUAACAAAAGCACCUGCGGCCAAGAAGGAUAAACUGCCUACCGUUUCUGUUGCUGCUGUUACACCCACAACCAUCUCCGAGGGUAUCCCCGGAGCAGUACCGGAAAAGCGCAAGCGAGGUCGACCCCGUAAGAUCCAACCUGGCGCUCCGCCCUCAAUUGUCGCUGCCGCACCUGUCUUGUUCAGCGACUCUGGCGAUGUUACUAUGCAGGCACAGCCCCAGCAGUACCUUCUUGCUGUCUUUGCGCUGUUCUCAUUUUUCAACUCGCCCUUCAACUCAGCAGGUGCUUCCUAUCCUCACACGCACCAAGGUUCGGUGCUAUCCCACGUCACUGAUUCUACACCUGUUACUACUGCUACGUUGUGGUCAUGGAGCAGUGCCGUACAAACCAUCCAUCUGCUCGCAUCUAUUCUGGUUCUGUUCACAAUCAUUAUCCCAUGGCUACCUCUUCCAGGAUAUGUUCAACGUGCCAAGAUCAUGCGCUUCAUACCCUUUAGUUAUCUAAUCAGCAAUCGAGCACCACUCACAGCUCACAAGGGGGCAGAACUUCUUUCUCCCCCUCUUUCCCCUGAUAUCAGCGACUCAGAGUCAGAUGCAGAUUCCACCAUCACUGAGAGAACCACCCGUCAAGAGCAAGGUCCAUUGUCAGAUGCACUUGCUCAGAGCGGUUCCCGAGAUGAACGAGAUGCUCUCAUUGAUGCACUAGGAUUGAGCACCAGUGCACUUGGAGCAGUCCGAAACGUUUUCAUCAGGCGUGUGGUGAACGAGACCUUCGACUCUGAGCUUGAGCGCAGGGCAUGGGUUCGCUUAGCCGAACUCGUUGCUCUUCACCCCGCCUCAGCUCCAGUCUUUCUACGUCUUCAAGUCUAUUUGCGUCUUUCGUUCUUGUUAGGUGCAUCUGGCAAAACAACACAACACGCAAGUGAUCUGGCAACAUUGGCUCUCCUUGCCCAUUCACUCCCAGCAUUUUACAUAAAGGAUCGCUCGCAGAGAUUAUGGCGCCGUGCUCGUGUUGGGGUGAUUCGCCCUUACGAGCGGUUGGUGCUAGAAACGCUCUCCCUCGAGGAAGCUGCUCAGACACUCACGUCCUCGACUCCCACCACAUCCCUAACGCCACUCGGUGCCCUCGCCACGACCCUCCUCCGUCAACGUCUCUGCUCCCACACAUCCAAACUUUUCGUGCAGACCGUCACUCGUUCGCACAGUGGUGCUCUUUCUCUAUCCCACGACCCAGAGCUAGCAGCGAGAUGGAACGAGACUAUCAAUGCAGGGCGGAGCCUAGGCGGCGCCAUCUGCGCCAUCUCUGACUCAUUUGCCAAAGUAUGGGCGAGCAGCGUGUUGGACGUGAAAGACCUAGUCAUAGACGAUGAGGACAUUAAAAUCAUGCUGAACACCAUCGUUUUAUUUCGGCGGAUCUUCCCAUCCCGGAUUCUGUGUUGCGAUGACACCAAUAAUGAGGUUUCGUUCAUAUUGUCUCCCCCACCCAGUCCGCCUACAAGAGGGUCGCAGAAGGAUGUGGUGAUGCAGUUGCGUCGGGCGUUGGGGUCGAGUGUAUUUGAGGAACAGAGGGAGGAUCGAGAUGAGUUGGAGGAUUCACGGGAUCGUGCGGUGGAUAUGCUUGUUGAGUAUGAGAGACGGGGGAGGAAUCGUGUAUGAUGUGUUUGUGUUUCUGAUAUUUGUGAUAGAUGGGAGAUCUUACAAUAUAUUAGUAUUUAUCCUCUUGUUGUCGGUUGUACUACAGACUUUUUUUUGAUUCCACUUUGGACAACGAUACCAUGCGUGGUUGAGUGAGUACGAAUAACUGGCAAAAACAUUUGGAAUGUGUAGAAUGGGAGUGAAGUGAGCAUUGAGCCUUAGUUGUAUGCUCAAUCUAAUCCAUCAGCAUAGGCUCCAUCAGAGACGUAAAAUAAUGAAAGGUGCAGCCAAGGGGAAGGCAUAUCUAGCAACCUAACCAAACGCUCGAGCGAGG